GUCGGUUGUUUCUUCUCUUACAGGGUUAUUCGUCCCCCCCUCCUUUGGAAACACCAACAUGUAGAUCGGACGACGGAUCCAAUGGCGUGUUCCCUCACCCCCCCUCAGUCCUAGCCCAGCACAUGCCUCAGAGCACGCAAGUGGGGACUUGAGUUCCGAGUGUCCGGCCCAGGAAACUCCGAUAUUCGUCGCGGAGAUCAUCCAAUUCGUCGAGGCAUGGGCCAUUUCUUUGCCUUGUUGAAAUUGUCCGAAAAGUUACAUUUGCUGCUUGCUGCGCCCGCUUCACGUUUGCUUGUCCAACCUUUCGCAUCACCGCUUCUCAAUUCAGUACAAAUCAGUCGGUUCGUAACGUUCGUUCAAUCUUGGGAGAAAGUAAAGUCACCAUUCUUUCUUACCCUAGGUACACCAAGUUGUUGGUUUCAGGGGAGGAAAAAAAAAAAAAAAGAGCAAGCCUUUCCGUCCGACUGCCCCGAUAACCCGCGAGCCAACUUAAUGAGGCAAGUCCAGUUCCCAGGGUGCAACAAGCCAUGCAAGAUAUCAUGGGUUACAUGGCGUCUCCUGGCGUCCUUGCAGCGUAGAAAAUCUCAACCUGGUCUGGUGUAUGAAGAAAAUAGAAAGGAUAAAAAAAAAUUAGAAAAAAAGACGUGCCCUCCUUCGCCAGUCUAUGAUGCAGUCUCAUGCAAUCGUAUGGGAGUCGUCUUCGUCGUCGUCUUCCUAGACAACAAACCCCGCAAAAUCAAAUCAGGAACGGAAUAGAGGGAAGAAAAGAAAGAAACACCUUCAAUGACUGGUUCUUGGUAU